UGGAGUCAUCGCGUUUAGUUAUUCAAAAAAUCAUACUUCGCGUUCAAUAGCAAAUCUUGAGUGUGUUUAAAUAGUAAUUAUACACACAAAAAAUUUUUUAAAUUCUUCCUUUGGAUUUUCAACCGCGAUCAAAUAAAGCGUGAAACGUUUAACAAACCACAAAAAUUAAUUGGAAAAACGUGUCACAAUCGCAAAUAAACCAAUAACACAGACUAAAUAUCAAAUUUAAAUAAUUGUAAAUUCAACAACAAAAAUAAAUGAAUUGGGUAAAAUUAAGUUUUUGGAACGCUCAUUCAUAAUAUAGCAAAAACUAAGUGCAAUAAUUUACUUACGUUUAAAAAAUCAGUUGGAAUUUUAAACCACAACAACUUUACAAAGAAUUGUGUGCGGCUAGUGAAUUUUCAUUGAUUGAGCCAUUAGAAUUAUCCAUUUUUGUAAACACAUUUUUUUUUAUUUAAAAACUGCUAAAGAAAAACAAAAAACAGCUUCAAAAUGAGUCUGUGUGAUGCUAGCGCCGUUACCAUUCAAGCUACCCCUCAACAACAACACCAGAGCACACAAAGCAUAGCCGAUUAUUUGGCACAAUUGCUGAAGGAUCGCAAACAAAUGGCAGCUUUUCCAAAUGUUUUCAAUCACGUGGAACGUCUGCUUGAUGAAGAAAUCGCGCGAGUACGUGCUUCACUAUUUCAAAUAAAUGGCGUCAAGAAGGAACCACUCACGUUGCCAGAGCCCGAGGGCACCCCUGUACAGUUAAAUGAGAAAGUAUAUGUGCCAGUUCGAGAACAUCCAGAUUUCAACUUCGUUGGCAGAAUUUUGGGACCACGCGGCAUGACAGCUAAGCAAUUAGAACAAGAGACUGGCUGUAAAAUUAUGGUUCGAGGCAAAGGCUCGAUGAGAGAUAAAAAGAAGGAGGACGCAAAUCGCGGCAAACCCAACUGGGAGCACUUGUCCGACGAUCUGCACGUGUUGAUCACCGUAGAGGACACACAGAAUCGUGCCAAAGUCAAAUUAGCUCAGGCCGUUGCCGAAGUGCAAAAGCUUCUAGUACCGCAAGCCGAAGGCGAAGAUGAACUUAAAAAACGUCAACUCAUGGAAUUAGCUAUAAUUAAUGGCACUUAUAGGGAUACGUCGGCGAAAAAUGCCAUUCCAGCCUGCGAGGAGGAAUGGCGCCGUGUGAUCGCCGCCUCGGCUGAGAGUCGCCUAUUGGCGCCAGCAUUGCCAACCCUAGCACCACAGAUACGCGCACCGCAGGCCACCACACUGGGCGCCCCCUUGAUACUCUCACAACGCAUGACCGUGCCGACCACAGCGGCGAGCAUACUGUCCGGCCAAGCUGCGCCCGCCGCCUUCGAGAAUCCCGCACACGGCAUGAUUUUCGCACCGUACGGCGACUACGCGAAUUAUGCUGCACUCGCUGCCGGCAAUCCCUUGCUGACGGAAUACACAGAUCAUAGCGCUAACCACUGUGUAUAUACGCCGACGCCACUGUACAUCCCCGCAUACGAUUACAUACGCCUGCCGCAUAACGGCAUAAUACAUGCCAGUAUUGGCAGAAAAUAUUCGAAUGCUUCGUCGUCCGUAUCCACCACGUCGGCAUCCUCGUCAUUUAUGCCGGUGGGAUGAAUUGUGUUAAUGAGUGUACGACGAGCGUUUGUGUCAGCCGAUGUGUCGAACAGCAACACCAACAGCAGUAGCAGCAGCAAGCAAUCAGUCAACUGAACAAGCAGUCAAUUAAGAAAACCUAAUAUCAUAUGUCUGCUUGCUUUCACCACACCGCCACAUCAUAUCACCAGCGUUGCAUGCCUUGCGGGACGUAUAGACUAGGUGGCAUAACUGAAUUUACGAUGUAACCAACUGCAGUGUACUCACCACCAACGUUGUGCAACAAAAUAUAUCCUACACUCACCUGAUUCUUGCUGCAUGCUGUUUUAAUUUUAAGCUGCGUUUGACUGUUAGGUCUCUGAAAAGGUCUCGUCGGGUUUUGUCUUCAACUCAGCAAAUGCUAAAUCUUAUUUUGUGCUGCGUAACAGUAUAGCAAUUCUCACUUAAACUUACAACAAUCAAAAUCAAUUUCAAUCGAACUUAAAAUAUUUUUAGUUCUUAACGCCUUAGCGUAAUACGUAGCUCGUUUAAAGUUCGAAUUAGCAGCGCACAAGCACGCGCAUACAAAUGUAUAUUGUAAAGUAGAGACAUAAGCAGUGCCACCCUGUAUGCGGUGUAUCGUAAAUGCGUACUAUUGUAAGCCAUAAUAUUCUAACAACUCUAAGCUGCGAACAAAAAUCAUGUACUUCUCAAAUCAGUAGACUCAUGUGAAUCUCAAAACAGUAAGCGAAAUUAUCGUUUCUAAACAAAUAACGGUUUUUCUUAUAUAAUAUACUUUUCAAAACAAAAAAAAAAAAAGGAUAUUUUUAAGUAAAGCUUGUGUGGCAAAGCAUUGUUUAAAUAUAAUAAAAUUAUUUAGUAUGUUUUAUGAUAACCACAGCUACAAAUGCAACAAAAACAAGAAACAAUAAGGAAAAAAAGCAAACACGCGUUAUGCAUAUUAUAGUCAUUCUAGCCAAUCAAGUUAUAACACAGUUUAUAUAAAACAUAUUUUAAACAGAAAUAUUACAUAAAAAUUAUUUAAAAAAGUUAUAUAUAUGUAUAUCUAACUAGUUUAACGGGAAAUACUUUUUUUUAUAAAUAAAAACUAUGGACAACUACAACAAGUAAAAAUCGAUCAUAUGAAACAAGAAAAAAGCCAUAUUUAGUCUGUAUAAGUAUAUAAAUUAAUUGUAGGCAUAAUUUAUUUACAACAGUAAAAUAUUAUAUUUUUUGCAAAUAUAAUUAAUGAUGUUAUGGUUAAAAAGCACCAAUCAAUCACUGUACGCACAUUUCAAACAAAAAACAACAAACGCAUCUACAUUACUUACGUUUAACAUUAAUUAGGAAUAAUAAUUAAAACAAAAAAAUACAAAAAGUUGCAGUUAAAUUUA